CGAAAAAGUUUGUUGUUUUGCCAUCAGGCGGUAUAAAUGGUUUUGUGAUUGCUAUGGAAAAAUGUUUAAAAUUCUCUUCUAAUUCGGUGUAAUUGGUUAAAAUAUUUUAGAUUUUAAUACGAAAACGACGAGCAGUGAGGGCGUAAAAUGGAACAAGUUAUUCUGAUCGACGACGAAGAGCUAGUGGAUCAGAUGGUCCUACAUCAACAGCACCAACAGAGCCAUACCAUAAUGCAUCAAAUCCCGCAAGGGCAACAAAUAGUGUACCAACUUGCUGCAAGCCCUGGUCCUAGCCGACAAAGCCCUAGCGUAGCGACUGCAACAGUACGUCAUACGCCUUACCAAGCGCCGCAUGCAAGGGGACAAAAACAACGGAUGGCCACCGCUAUUGGAAAGCUUCCUCCCACUCAGCAAGCGGAACCACCACUCCAUUUCCAGUACACAGUUCCUGCCACCUGUACCGUAUCGAAUCCUGACAACCCAGCGGACAUCAACUUCGGCUCGAUUUAUGUGGAUGGUCAGGACGUGUACUACAUUCAGGAGAUAGAAGACAGUGCUGUGCCCGAAGAAGCCAAACAGGAACCGCAGCUGGUCGAGUUUCAAGAUGCGGUACAAUUCGCCGAGGAACUGCAACCAGUUUCGUUGGAACACGCACCGCAAAUUAUAUAUUCGAACGCUGACAGCACCGCUCAUCAAGAAAUCGUUCCUGAAAUGGAAACACCUAUAAUCCCGGAUAUGGAAGCACCUAUAAUUGCUGCUGUAGGCGAUGAGCAGCAACCGAAUGAUUUGCUAGGGGAUGAUGAUUAUUUUACCGUGGAACCGAUGGAGCUGUCAGAGGUUUGGAACGAUCUGAUAACGGCCAACCAAGAGAUUCUUAUUCUUCUGGAACUGCAGGAUCUGAAGGCACACAUGGUAGACGCGAGGAAAAUCGAGGACCAGCUAAAGAACAUUGUGUGUGAAUAUUGCCCGAGAGUCCUGCCGGACAAUCGAUCCUGGAACCGGCAUAUCGAGAAAGUGCAUUUUCAAACGACCAGCUUCAAUUGCGACAGUUGCUCGGGUAAAUUUAAGUAUUACGCCCGUUUCCGGGACCACCUUAACGGACAUUCGGGCAAACGGCCGUACAAGUGCGACGAAUGUGACCAUCAGUACGCAUUCCGGAUUGGCUAUCUGGUGCACAAAAUUCUGGAUCACAUGAAGCUGAACGGCAUCUACGUUUGUCCCCAGUGUCGGUUGGAUUGCAAAGAUGCGCUCAAUUACAAGCUGCACCUGGCCGAGCACAUCGAUUUCGUCCCGGGGACUGUUCCCAAAGUUAAAAGCAAGGGUCCGGAAAAGGUCGAGACCAAUGGAAUAAGUGUCGUUUCUGGCACUGCCGCCGCAGGACCGGCAGCGGACGAACGAACACAGUUUUUGACUGCUUUUCAGAAAUUUUCCAAAGAGCGUGGUACAAGACCGCCAUCUUUCAUGCCUGGUAAUAAAAAGAAAUGGACAAGAGCAGAAAAACCCUACUAGGUUAAUCGAAUUACCUUUUUAUUACUUAUUUUGUUAAAAAAAAAACCUCAACCUAUCAUAACGACAGCAGUGUCAUCACUACUGCUUGGCAAGUAAAAUUUUGGAAAGCUUUUAUUUCGUUUUAUUGAUAUCAUGGAUCAAUUUGUGAAAGCUCUGAAAACAAUAGUUUGAUUUAAUUUUCUUUGAUUGUAUCAAUGUAAAUAUAUCUUGAAGAAUCUUAAUGAUUUAGAUUUUUUUGAUGACAUACUUUUGGAAAAAUCUGUAAAUGUCAUGUUCACCAAAGUUGU